UUUUGCUUUAGUGUCUUCGUGAGAGUUUCGUUGUUUCUCGCAAGAUUCUCUACGCUCCUCUCGAUUGCAACGCGUCUAAGGGAAAAAAAAAGAAUAAGAAAUGGCAAAUGCUGUGUCGGGCAUGGCUGUUCAUGAUGAGUGCAAGCUCAAGUUUCUUGAGCUGAAGGCGAAAAGGAGACACCGCUUCAUAGUUUUCAAAAUAGAGGAGAAGCAGAAGCAAGUAAUGGUGGAGAAGGUGGGGGAACCCCCCCUCGGAUACGAAGAUUUCGCAGCAAGUCUUCCUGCUGAUGAGUGCCGAUAUGCAGUCUAUGACUUUGAUUUUGUCACAGAGGAGAAUUGCCAGAAGAGCAGGAUCUUCUUCAUCGCUUGGUCGCCUGAUACAUCAAGGGUGAGGAGCAAGAUGAUAUACGCCAGCUCCAAAGACCGAUUCAAGAGAGAACUCGACGGUAUCCAAGUCGAAUUGCAAGCUACCGAUCCAACAGAAAUGGGCAUCGAUGUCAUCAAGAGCCGUGCCAAUUAGCUCAAACAGCCUUUUUCCAAACGAAAGAAUGGAGGGCUUCUUUUACAAAAACCCGGUAUUCUCUACUUCUAUGGCAACUAUAGCCUUCAUGGGAUGAUGAUGAUGAUGAUGAUGAUCAUGGUGAUGAUGUUAGAGCUGUGGUGAUACUCUACUCAUAUAUAUAUAUAUAUAUAUAUCCAUGUUUCGAUGGUCUAUUCGCUAUAUAAUGUGACCUGUCGGGGGGUUUGCACCUUUUUUGAUUAUGAAAGCCUGUGAAACUGUUGCGGACAAACUCUCCCUUUGGUUUCUUUUAUCAUUUUGCCGUUGUGUAUGGUUUAUCUUUUGAUUCUGUUCUA